AUGGCGCCUAAGGGUAAGACCCCGAGAGGGCAAAUUGAGGUCAAGAAGCCCGCUGCGGCCGCUCCCUCCAGGGGCAAGAAGUCCGACAAGGUCACCAACCCUCUGUUCGAGAGGCGCCCGAAGACGUUCGGAAUCGGCGGGUCGCUGCCCCCGAAGAAGAACCUGCACCGGUUCGUCAAGUGGCCUAAGUACGUGCGCCUGCAGCGGCAGCGCCGGGUGCUCAACCAGCGGCUCAAGGUGCCGCCCGCCAUCAACCAGUUCACCAAGACGCUCGACAAGAGCCUCGCCACGUCGCUGUUCAAGCUGCUGCUCAAGUACCGGCCCGAGGACCGCGCGGCGAAGAAGGAGCGACUGCUGAAGGCGGCCGAGGCGGCGAAGGAGGGCAAGACCGUUGAGUCGAAGAAGCCGGUUGUCGUCAAGUACGGCAUCAACCACAUCACCUAUCUUAUCGAGCAGGGCAAGGCGCAGCUGGUGGUGAUCGCGCACGACGUGGACCCCAUCGAGCUCGUUAUCUGGCUGCCCGCGCUCUGCCGCAAGAUGGGCGUGCCCUACUGCAUCGUCAAGAGCAAGUCCCGUCUUGGACAGGUGGUGCACCAGAAGACGGCCACUGCGUUGGCGCUCACAGCGGUGAAGAACGAGGACAAGGGCGAGCUGAGCAAGAUUGUGGAGUCAGUCAAGGCGCACUUCAACGACAAGGGCGACGAGUUGAGGCGCCAAUGGGGCGGCGGCAUCAUGGGCAUCAAGUCGCAGGCCAAGAUGAAGGCCCGCGAGCGCAUUCUCGCCAAGGAGGUGGCGCAGCGCAUGGCUUAG